UAGUCGUCUUUUUCGCUCCAAAGUGGUUUAACGGUUCAACGGGGGGCGGACAUUCCAUUAUAAUUUGCCGAUAUUAUAUUAUAUUCAAUAUUUAUGUUGAAUGAAAACGUCGUUCGAUACGGUGUAUUGUGUGUGUUUUGUUUUGUUUUCGAUGCCUAUAUCUGAAAAACAGUGAAAAUGCAUCAUCGCGGUUCAUGAGAAUUUGACAUUUAAUUUUUUAUUAUUGCUGUUGUUAUUGGUUUGAAUGCUUGGUGGCUGCUGCAACAACAACAACAAAAGCAGAAAGUAUUGGUGGCACUGCAGCGGCGAUUCCGAUUCUAGUUGCAGGCGUGAGUGUGUGUGUGUGUGGGUUUAAAUUCGCUUGGCACACCCACCCAAAAAAGAAAAAAAAAACCUUAAGCCAAAGUAGUCCAAAAAGUAAAACCCACCCCACACCACUUCCCCACUCCUCUUUUGCAAAGUGAGUGUUUGCGUGUGUGUGUGUGUGUAUGUGUUGGGCAGGAGCCGGUUUCGCAGUGCCAGGUUAAUUGACAAAGCAAAUACAUUCUCAAAUCGCUUCGGAGAGCAAAGAUCCUUCGUCAUGGCCAGCCCCGUCUCAGUCACAGCAUCAGCAGCUAAAACAUUGCUUCGACCUUACUAAAUUCUAAAUUUAGCCAAGGACCAGCAGCAGCAGCAGCAACAACAACACUAACCAAAGUGAUACACAAACCAAAAACACACGCACAAAAGGAGAGUGUGAGACAGAGAGAGAGAGAGAUAGAUAGAGGAAAAAGUAGAAUUCAUACACGCCAAAAUGAAAAUCAGAAGUAGUAUGGUCAUGUUCCAGAAUCCACUGGGUUAUUUGCUCACCCUUAGCUACUGCUGUACCUGCCUCUUGCUGUUGUUGCUGCCACAGGUUAUCAGCAGUGUCCAUGCACACAAUUGCCAGCAUCAACAUCCCAAGGCCCACGAGGUCGUUCAUGGUGUGCGCAUUCAACUGGCUGAUGUAAAUGAUGAUGAUGAUCAUCAUGGUGAUCAUGGUGAAGCCGCUGGAUUUGGACGAAAUGGAGACGCAUCGGUGCAUAGCGUUCGCCGGCGCAGUAUUAUUGCCGAGCAGCCACUGCGCAUUCUUCUUGUCUACGAUGACUCCGUUUACAGGCUUGAAGAGGAGAAAUUCAAUUUAAUAAACGACACAGUUUUGCCGGAGGCGGUGCAAUUCUGGGAACAAGCACUGAUGGUGCGUGAGACCAGGGGCGUUAUACGUCUAAAUCGGAAAUGUGACAGCACACAGGUGUAUGUGAAAAAUGGUCAUACCCAUUGCAUUGACCAAUGCAAGGCCACGACCAUGUGCGGAGAGGUGCAAGUACCCAAUGAGCAUUUGGAUGUGUGUCGUGUGUGCAAUGCCACCGGCCAGAAUUGUCGCAUCGACAGCAAUACCCAACCAGGCGAUGGUAUCGAAAAUGCCGAUUUCGUUUUCUAUGUCUCGGCCAGACAAACGCAACGUUGCUUCAAAGGAUUAACUGUAGCAUAUGCGGCCCAUUGUCAGCAGGAGGCUAUACUGGAUCGUCCCAUUGCGGGACAUGCCAAUCUCUGUCCGGAUAGCAUUAGUACCAAGCCCCAAGAGCUGCAGACACUUAUAUCCACCGUCAAGCAUGAGAUUCUACACGCCCUUGGCUUCUCUGUCAGUCUAUAUGCGUUUUUCCGAGAUGAUGAAGGAAAUCCGCGCACUCCCCGCAAACCGGACACUGGGAAACCGUAUCUAAAUGAAAAAUUGCAGAUUCAUCAAUGGAGUAAUGAGACCAUACGCAAGGUGGUGCGCCAAAAUUGGUCUGUACGUGGGGGCCAUGUGAAUAAAGUGAUUGAUAUGUUGGUCACACCACGUGUUGUGGCCGAGGUACGUUCCCAUUUCAAAUGUGAUAAGCUAGAGGGCGCCGAGUUAGAGGAUCAGGGUGGCGAGGGUACCGCAUUAACCCAUUGGGAGAAGCGCAUACUCGAGAAUGAGGCCAUGACGGGCACACAUACGCAAUCGCCAGUUUUUUCUCGCAUCACGCUGGCUCUAAUGGAGGAUUCGGGCUGGUAUCGAGCCAAUUAUUCCAUGGCCACCCCAUUGACCUGGGGCAAGGAUUUGGGUUGUGCAUUUGCCAUGCGUAGCUGCAAGGACUGGAUACAAAUGAAUCAUGCCAGAGGACGUUCCAUACAUCCAUUCUGCUCGAAAGUGAAACAGGAUCCACUGCAAACUGAAUGCACCGAUGAUCGCAAUUCUGUGGCUUUGUGUAAUCUAAUCCGACAUGAUUAUGAGUUGCCCAAAGCCUAUCAGAAUUUUGACAGUCUUCAUAAUGUGAAGGAUGGCGAGGAGGGCUUCUAUGGUGGCUCUGUCUCGCUAGCCGAUCACUGUCCCUACAUACAGGAGUUUACAUGGCGUAGUAAAAAUAUAAUUGUGCGCGGCUCGCAUUGUCGAUUCAUAGAAAAUAAUCCCAAACCGGAGAAAAACUUUGCCCUGGAGAGUUAUGGCGAGGGAUCUAAAUGCUUCGAUCACAGUGAAAACAUGUGGGAAGAGCGUUCAUGUCAUCAGACCCGCGAAUGGCAGCAUUGGGGUAGUGGCUGCUAUAAAUACAAUUGCUACGAUGGUCGUUUGCACAUAUUGGUGGGCAAUUAUAGCUACAAAUGCUCAUUUCCUGGACAGAAGCUCUCCAUACGCAUAGCAGCCAAUGGAUGGCUUCACAAGGGGGCCAUUAUGUGCCCCUCCUGUCACGAGCUUUGCGGUGCAGAAUUCGCCGCCGAGGGCAAACAAUGCCGUCCCGGCGAAGAACCCGAUCCGCUUAAUAAAUAUCCGCGCGACAAUCUUUCUUGCGGUGCGAAUGCAAAUAGUAGACAUUAUUCUGUGGCCAUAAUUAGUGCUCCUUUAAUUGUUGCACUACUGCUAGCUGCUGGCUUAUCCAAUUAGCCAGCUCCAGUUCCAACUAAAUGUGUUUUAGUGAAAUUUUGUACAUUAUUAAUUCUAGAUUUUAAGAAGAGAGCUCAACUUGUCUAUGUUUAAGAUAGUCGUCUAUAAGAUUAAUUAAUACUUCCCAAUUAUAAUUAUAUACAUAUAUAUAUUGUGUCCAUCCUGAUAUGUGAUCUUUGCUAAGUAUGCGUGUAAGAUGUGAAAUGAAAGGAUGUGCGUAGGAUUUAUCCUGCUAUCGAAUCUGCUGAUCUGUACAUUCCAAAGUCUAUUUAAGUUUUUCAAUUUCGAUUUCAAUCGUGAAACAUUUUCUAUACCGUUGUUAUUUGUUAUUUAUUAUUGUUUUCUUGUUCUUUUCGAAAUUUUUUUGCUCAUUUUCUUGUGAUUUGAAUUAAUUAAUUUAAGAUUAUUCUUUUCGAGCUGCCUAAAAAGCAUUUAGGAUUUAUCCUCAAACUGUAAACUUUUUUCUACCAGCUUAAACUAGCAUCUUAAGAGCAAGAAUUGUGAAUAAAGAAAAAAAUCAAUUUAUCUAUAAUAAAAUCCUAUAUAUGUAUUUCAGAAA